AUGGCGGAUCUUGAGUCUUUGCUGGAGUACAAUGAAAUUGUUAGGAAGAUAUUCGCAAUCAAAGAUAAAGGAUUUCAGUUUUAUAACACAUACACACUUGGUAAAGGAUUUAGUGUGAGGAAAAGCUAUGUUGAGUGGAAAAGUGAGCACACUGAGCUGACCCUUCGGAGGUAUGUCUGCAGUCGUCAAGGUUACCAUGAAGAGAAGUACGUGAAGAAGGGGAUUAAGAAGCGGAGGCCACGGGAUAUAACUCGUGUUGGAUGCCCUGCAAAAUUUGUAAUUGCACUGGACCGGAGCACCGGGCAGUGGUACAUGAAGAAUUUUAUCGACGAACACAACUAUCCGCUGGCUUCAGCCGACCUUAGUUGCCUGCUGCAUUCACAUCGAAAAAUCAGCGAUGCGCAGAAAGCUGAAAUUGUGGAGCUGGGGUAUGGUGGGUAUGAAAAGGUUGGCUAUACAUCAAGGGACUUGUAUAAUUUCUGCCAUCUCUAUAACCAGGAUAUAAUUACUAAUGGUGAUGCUCAAAUAGUCAUCAGUCACCUGAAGGAACGUCAAAACAGAGAUUCUGAGUUCUUCUUCAAGUACAUGACUGAUGGGAAAGGACACGUGCAGGGAAUGUUCUGGUGUGAUACUCAAUGUAUGCUUGAUUAUACAACAUUUGGUGAUGUCAUCAUAUUUGAUAGCACCUACAAAACAAAUCGGUACAACCUGCCCCUUAUGCCUUUCAUUGGGGUGAAUCACCAUUACCGCACAGUUCUUUUCGGAUGUGGAAUUAUUUCUCAUGAGAAUACCGAUUCAUAUGUGUGGCUGCUGAAAACAUUUACCGAAGCUAAUGCUCAGAAGCAUCGUAUUUCCAUGAUCACUGAUGGAGACCUUGCUAUGCAGAGAGCAAUCAGUGUGGUGUGGCCGAAUUCACCGCAUAGGCUAUGCGGAUGGCAUAUUGAGUUGAACCUAGUGCUCAAUGUUCACAAUGAUACACUAAAGGGUGCAUUCAGGGUUUUUUUGUAUGACCUUUGCUCCAUAGAAGAGAUUGAGAGGAAAUGGCAGGUGUUCCUGGCUGCCAAUAAGGUCAAAGAGGACUCGUGGCUUUAUCAGAUGUAUGAGGUGAGGCAAACCUGGUGUGCUGCGUAUCAUGUAGGUCAUUGCUUUUUAGGAUUGAGGAGCAACCAACGGAGUAAGAGCAUGAACUCUAGGCUUCAGAUGAAACUGGAUGGUAAAAUGACCCUGUUAGAAAUGGUACAACACUAUGAGAUCUGCCUUACAAAGGUGCGUAGAAAUGAGGCGGAUGACGACGCUAAAGCACUGCAAUCUGCGCCAUUCACAGAACCUGAUGCUUUAGUUCUUGAGAUAAAUGCAAAGGAAAAGUUCACACCAAUUGUUUUUAAGGCGAAGGUCCAAUUCAGCGUGGAAGCAGCCAAGAAGUGUUCUCUGAUUGAGAUUCUAGGUGGCGAUGAUACAACUGAGCAUAUUGUUGGAAAGAGAGAUAGAGACAUCAUGUACUAUGUGAAAUGUGAAUUAACUGAAGAGGUCAAUCAGAAGAGAAUUUUCUGUUCUUGUCGUAAGUUGCAAUCCCUUAGAACCCCCUGCUCACACAUCUUCUAUGUAUUGGGUCUCCGGGACGAGAGCAAGCUUCUAGACUGCUGUGUUUUGGAAAGGUGGACUAUGGGGGCGAAGCGUGCAUUUUCGACGAUAUGGAAGAACGCCAUGUAUGACUAUUCCCCUACCCUACUAAGGUUCCGUGAGCUACGCAAUCUCAGUCUUGCUGCAGCCUUCAUAGCAUCUCGUUCAACCGAAGCAUAUGAGUGGACCAAACGUGUCCUUGAACAAGAAGAUGCUGUGAUCGUGCCAAAUACAGGAGCAAACGAAGGCUAG